UUUCGGUGAGGUCUUUUGAUAAAAAAAACAUGCUUUUCUAUUAUUUUUAACUUUGUCGAGGCAAUAACUGUCAUAGAGUCGUUGGGUAAAUCAGAAGAUAUGAGUGACUACCAAGAGUAUCCAGACAUUGUACAGGAGGUCAGAGGAGCGUUGAACCCUGGCCGCCUGAAACUCCAAGGAAACAGUAUUGUGUUUAGAAACCAGAAGACAGGACGAUCUGACCAGUUUCAUGGCACAGACAUAGAAAAGGUGCAGUGGCUCAAACGGGCUCGUGGAUACUGUCUCAAGAUUCUCCUUCACAGUGGACACAUUCACAGAUUUGAUGGAUUCAAGGAAUCCGAUCAAGAGAAGUUGUCAUCAUUUGUGUCCAGGAACUAUGAUGUUAAACUGGAACCUGUGGAUCUCUCUGUGAAAGGCUGGAACUGGGGACAGGCCAAGUUUGAAGGUAAUGGUCUAAACUUUCUGAUUGACAACAACCUGGCAUUUGAGAUUCCUUUGAACAACGUAUGCCAGGCGACCCCAGCCAAAAGUGAGAUCACACUGGAGUUUCACCAGAAUGACGACGCUGCUGUAUCGCUAAUGGAGCUACGAUUUCACAUACCCCCUGAUCAGAACAACCAAGAAUCAGAUAAUGUCUCUGAGUUCUAUGAUCAAGUAAUGAAGAAUGCUGACAUAAUCCAGGCAACUGGAGAUGCCGUGUGUGUCUUCCCUGAGGUCCAGUGUCUUACUCCAAGAGGUCGCUAUGACAUCAAGAUGUACACAACUUACCUGCAGUUCCAUGGUAAAACGUUUGAUUACAAAAUUCCCUACACAUCGGUGCUCAGACUUUUUCUGCUGCCUCAUAAAGAUGGCAGGCAGAUCUUCUUUGUGGUGAGCCUGGACCCACCUAUCAAGCAGGGCCAAACCAGAUACCACUUCCUUAUCCUGCUCUUCUCCAAGGAUGAUGAGAUGACCCUGGAGUGUGGCCUCGGAGAUGAGUUAGAGGAGAGAUAUGAGGGGAAGCUCCAGAAGGAGAUGACUGGUCUGGAGUACGAGAUUGUAAGCAAGGUGUUCAAGGCUGUCACAACACGCAAAAUCACAGUCCCCGGAAGCUUUAUCGGACAUUCAGGGUCACCUGCUAUUGGGUGUUCCUACAAGGCAGCCACAGGUUUGCUGUACCCUCUGGAGCGUGGCUUCAUCUUUGUGCACAAGCCCCCUGUCCAUAUUCGCUUUGACGAGGUCGCAGCGGUCAACUUCGGUCGCAGUUCUGGUAGCAACCGCUCAUUUGACUUUGAUGUAGAAACAAAAGCUGGAACUGUUUACACGUUCUCUAACAUUGAAAAAGAUGAGUAUGGAAAGAUGUUUGAGUUCGCAAAGAACAAGACUCUCAGAAUGAAGAAUAUUGGCAAUAAGAAGGCAAAGGACAUGACCAACUACGAGGAUGAGUCGGACGAGGAAGCCGGGGCCCAUGAUGCUUAUCUGGAGAGAAUGAAGGCCGAGGGCAAAGACAGGGACAGCGACGCCUUUGAUGAUGACAGCGACUCAUCUGACGAGGAUUUCAAACCAGAAGAUUCUGCAAGUGACGUGGCUGAAGAGUAUGACAGUAACCCACCAACGUCAUCUGAUGAGUCUGAAGAGGAGCCUGAGAACAGCAACGAUGAUGAGGAGACGAAGGCCCUGAAGAGAGCCGAGAAAGAGAAACGCCAACAGGAGCGGAGAGAAAAACGAGAGAAGCAUGAAAAGUCCAAGGCCGCUAAGGCUGCGCGUGAAGGCUCUAGCCCGAAGACGAAAACCAAGACCAAGAAAAAAAGCAAGGAAGAGAAAGAUCCUAAUAAGCCAAAGCGUCCCCAGACUGCAUACUUCAUCUGGUUUAUUGAGCAAAGGGCUAAGAUUAAGGAGAAACAUCCAGACUUCUCGGUCGUGGAUAUCUCCAAGAAGGCUGGAGAGAUGUGGGGCAAAAUGACCAAUGAGGAAAAAGAGCCAUACAAUGAAAAGAACAGAGAAGCGAAAAAGGAGUAUGAUAUUGCUAUGAAGGAAUACAACAAGAACCUUAAAGAUGAAGGUGGACCUCCGAGGCCAAAAUCAAGCUCCAAGUCCAAGCAGAAACCAAGCCCGAAGAAGCCGACAGACACAAAAGCAGGGUCAGGCUCUGCAUAUAAGAGUAAGGAGUUUAUCUCUGAUGUGGAGUCAUCAUCUGACGACUCCGAUGAGGAUGAUAAACCACUGAAGAAGUUAAAGCGUGAGAAGAUGGAAGUUGACGAGGAUUCUGGGUCGGGGUCCGGCUCCGAGGAAGAGAAGCCAUCGGGGGUCAAGCGGAGAUCACAGAGAAAGGAUGGGGAGGAGUCAGAUGUCGGCGAACUGCCGGAUGAUGAAGAGAUUCUGAGCUCUCCUGAACAUUCUGAGCCUGGUUCCCCGGCGGGUAGUGACUCAGGUUCUGGCUCCGGUUCUGGGUCUGGAUCUGACUCGAACUGAACAGGAAUUAAAGUUGUCUCCUUUGAUAAUGGGACAAAGUUUUGAGCUGUGGUUAUGAUUUAUCUAUUGCAGGCAGAAGUUACUGAUUUGAUCAUAUAGCCCAAAUACUUGCACUAUUGCAUGAUCUAGUAAAUUGUAACAAACCUGGCUUUGUAAAGAUCUAAAAUUAUAACAAGCCUGAGGCUGACAGCUUUUUCACAGUUCCACUGUCUGGAUGUUAGAAAAAUUGGUUAAAUUUAUUGAAUUUGCCAACCAACAGGACUUUAAUUUUGCUUUCAUUGUCGUUUUUCAAUGGAGCUAUGGAUUAUUAUGUCUAGUGCUAUUAGUAUUGUUGUUACUUACUGAAUAUAUUGGAACAAAUCAUAUCAAAACAUUGAGCAGGAUUUGAAGCUGUUAACAUCCUUGCAAAAUUUCUCACAACAUGAUUGCCAUAUCUUGACCUUUGAAGAUCACAUCAUACAUGUACUUCGGCAAUAUUGUUUCCUUGUAAAAAAUAACAUGGCUCAGUUAACCAAAGUUUUGUUGUAAAUAUUGCAUAUCUGGAAUAUUUGACAUCAAGGUUUAUUGUUGGUAACUCAAAUUCAAAAUUAUGGAAUUGCACAUUUUCCAUCUUGAUGUGAUUGUACGAAUAAAAGUUUGAAUUGUGCAAACA